AAAUGGUAUCUUUAGCUGAGACGUCUAUCAGUGGUGCUGCUAUAGGUGCACAUGAUUCGGCAACGAUAGCAAAUUUCUUUGCAAAAGAAAAGGACGUUUUAAAACAGGAGAUCACAAAAAAGGAUGACCAGAUAGAUGAAUUAAAGCUUAAAGUGUAUCGAUUGGAAAAUGAAGUAUCUGCAUUGAAACAAGAUAUCAAGAGUACAGCUCCGAAGAGGAAGACAAGCAAGAGUUCAAACCAUGAUGAACCAGCGGAGCUACCCUCGCUUAUAGACACAGUAUACGGGAAGAAAGAGAACAACACUGGCAAUGGUAAUGUAUCCACUGCAACACCGCCUAAUGUAUCCACGGAGACUAAGAAGAAAGUUAAUGUAAAGAAAAAGAAAACUGGAGUAAAAAGAGGCUCAGUAGCUAGUAACGGACUGAAAAGUAACUCAAGAGUCAGCGUGACCAGCACUACUACACCGGCAGUGGUCGUUCCAAAUCCUACCUCAGUGUGUACAAAGUGUUCCUCCUUAGGGGUGCUAUCAGAACAAUUCCCGAAGAUCAAGCUAAAAACCUAUGUUAACUGCAAAAAUAAAUUUGAGCUUGCAGAUGUUAAUGGGGACGGUACUGUUGACUCAGAAGAGCUGUCUACCAUUUUGGAAAGUGCAGGACUCUUCUUUACAUCAUCCCAAAUACAAGACAUCCUCAGUAAAGUUGACAAUGAUGACGACAUUGCUCUGGACUUCGUUGAAGUUUUGCAGGUGGUAAGUACGUUAGAAGAAAAUCCAAACAGAAGAGCAGAUCUACCUAAAAGUUUGAAAGACAAUCAAAGCAAGGUGUGCUCAGUUAUGUGAAGCUUUAUGUUCACCUUGUGUCAGUUACCAUUGGUUACUAUUGGUUACCAUUGUUGGUUACAAUCAAUUACUGAAGUGAAACUUCGACCACGUUUGUGACGGGCUGGACAGAAGAGCCAUUGUAGAGUUUAGCUUAUUAUUUUAGAGACUGUAGACUGUAGAGUGUAGAGUACUGUAAAU